UCAACACAAGACCGACAUGUGCAGCAGAGAGUCAUAAGCGGAGGCUGCAAGAACCCUCUUCUUUUAUUACUAUCAUGGUUCCCUCCAAUCUCCCAUCCAACGGCCCCAAAUCCCCCAAGCCCCAAAUCUCAUCACCCACCGCACGAUCAUAAAUCAUCCCCCCAUUUCUUCCUAACACCACUUCAGAUCUGGCACCACCACCCCGAACCUAAAAAACAUCAUAGUAUUACAGUACUAUUUGGCGGCGGCGAUGGUGGAGGCGCAGACAUGGACGACGCGGAGAAUGAGCAACCCUCGUCUUGACACGACCACCACAGACCCAGUACUGGACAUUCCCCCGACACCGCCGGGGGAGCUUCGGAACAGCUUCGGAUCCAACCCUAACAACAACCUCUCUCCAACCCUAGUAACCGCCCUCAUCAUUUCAUCUUGGUACCUCUCAAACAUCGGCGUCCUCCUCUUAAACAAGUAUCUCCUCAGCUUCUACGGCUACCGCUACCCCAUCUUCCUCACAAUGCUCCACAUGCUAUCAUGCGCCGCAUACUCCUACGCCUCCAUCAACUUCCUCGAACUCGUUCCUCUCCAACACAUCCACUCUAAAAAACAGUUCUUUAAGAUCCUCGCGCUCAGCGCCAUCUUCUGCUUCUCCGUCGUCUGCGGCAACACCUCCCUCCGCUACCUCCCCGUCUCCUUCAACCAAGCCAUCGGCGCAACGACCCCGUUUUUCACAGCUAUCUUCGCUUUCUUAAUCACAUGCAAGAAAGAGACCGGGGAGGUUUACCUCGCGCUGUUGCCGGUGGUGUUCGGCAUCGUUGUCGCGAGCAACAGUGAACCUUUGUUUCAUUUGUUCGGGUUUUUGGUCUGUGUCGGUUCCACCGCUGGUCGUGCUUUGAAAUCCGUUGUUCAGGGGAUUUUGUUGACUUCGGAGGCCGAGAAGCUUCACUCCAUGAACUUGCUUCUCUACAUGGCUCCCUUGGCGGCGUUGAUUUUGUUGCCGUUUACUCUCUACAUUGAAGGAAAUGUGUUGGCUUUGACUGUUGAGAAGGCCAAAGGUGACCCCUUUAUCGUGUUCUUGCUGCUUGGGAAUGCCACCGUGGCGUAUUUGGUGAACUUGACGAAUUUUCUUGUCACGAAGCAUACCAGUGCGUUGACGCUGCAGGUGUUGGGGAAUGCGAAGGCGGCGGUGGCGGCGGUGGUUUCGGUUCUGAUUUUCAGGAAUCCGGUGACGGUUAUGGGAAUGGCGGGGUUCGGAAUCACCAUCAUGGGGGUUGUGCUUUACAGUGAGGCCAAAAAGAGGUCCAAAGUUACCACUCAUUGAUGUUUCUUUUUUGGCUUUCACACCUUAUUCUUCGGGGACAAACCACGAAAAACUAAGGGGACUUAAGGGAAUAGCAGCAGCUCUCUUAACAUCAUCAGAGACUAUAGCUGUUAAAGCACAGGAUAAUUCAUCCAAAAGGAAGGAAGCCCAACUUCUUUGAUGGCCAAAUUUAGCAGCCCAGUCAGCAGCAGAAUUUACUUCCCUGCUAAUGUGCACAAUUGGAUAUAAGAUUUUUCAUUUAGUUACGAAUUUACAAUUUAGUGA